AUCGCGAUGAGGGAACUUUCGUUCGCUGCCUCAGCUACAACUGCAGCUCCCGCUUCAUCUUCUACUCCAUCGACGUCAUCAGUUGUCAAAGUCAAUACUAAAGAUGUACAACUUCCGUUUCUCCCACCUCCGCCGCAGCAUCACUGGUAUAGGAGACCCUACGAGGAUACUUUCAAUGCAG